GUCUCUCUCAGUCAGUCAGAUCUUCUUUCCCCAAAAUCCCAAGUCAAACCAUCUCAAACAACAACAAUGUCGACCCGCUACCUCCUCCUCCUCGCCCUCACCGCCUUCCUCCUCGCCUCCAAUCCGGCUUCAGCCUCCUCCUCCGCCACCGACGACGACGACGACGAGGACCUCACCUUCCUCGAAGACGACUCCUCCUCCUCCUCAUCCCCCGCCCAGCACUACCCCGAGUACGCGGCAGCGGCCACGGAGCUGAAGGACGAGAAGGAUGUCGCGCUGGCUAAAGUGGACGCCACGGAGGAGAGCGAGCUGUCUCAGGAGCACGAUGUGCAAGGGUUUCCCACUCUGUAUUUCUUCGUGGACGGGGUUCGCAAGCCUUACCCUCGCCAGAGGACCAAAGAGGCUAUUGUUACGUGGAUUAAGAAGAAGAUUGGACCUGGAAUCUCUAAUGUCACCACAUUGGAUGAUGCGGAGCAGAUUUUGACUUCCGAGAGCAAAGUCGCCUUGGGUUACCUUAUGGGUUACCUUAACUCCUUGGUGGUGAGUUUUUUUUCAUUUCUCUGAGGAUGAACCGCCGCCGAUUCCUCCUCCGCCGGGGAACCCUGAAGCCAUUUU